CCACCCAAUGCCUCCCACACAGCCCAGGGAGCCCACCGCCAAACCAGCCCUCCAAGCACGGCCCUUGGACAAAGCAUAUUAAAAAAUUCGUGUGGCAGAAGAGGAUGACGGAUCCUGGCGGGUCCCCGAGGCACACACUGUGCUUUUUGUCUACGUUGCUCUCCCAGAAGGUUCUGGAACAGUCUGACACUGUGCUUCGCUGCAUAGUAUCUGGUCAGCCCAAGCCAGAGAUAACAUGGUAUAAAAACGGUGAAGUCAUCGAUGACAGUGCCAUGGUUUCGAGUUAUGAGUUCUUUGAGAACCAAUACAUUCAUCUGUUACAUCUGUCUUGCUGUACGGCGGACGAUGCUGCUGUUUACCAGGUCUCGGCUAAGAACUGCUUUGGCACGAUCUGCUGUUCCGCUUCUGUCGAGGUCCAGUGUGUGGCAGAGAAGGCCCAAGUUUCUUCUAAUUUGGAAAAUGCCAGGGACGCAGGUUGGGGACAAGACUUGGGGACCUGCAAAGAGCCAGGGGCAAAUCAGACUGAUGGGGAAGAGUGUUUUUGGGAAGAAGGAGGAAGCAGCUCCUGGGGUACGCCCUCACCCGCUGAUUCCUCCCCGGAUGAACUCAGCUGUCCCCACUCACUCCAGCUGUGGGCCACUGAGGACACUCAAGCAUCCAGUUCUGGAACUGUCCCGGAUCUUAAAGACACAAGGCAACCCGAGGAGGCUAACAAUGCUGGUGACCCGGAGGGCUUGGUAGAUGGGGUCAUUUUUCCUGCUUCAACAAAUACUCCUGAAAAACAAGAAGCGUGUUGCUGCCAGGCAAGGCAUUCCCGAGGAACAGAGGUGCUGUGUAGCAAGCUCCACACCGAUGGCCCUGCUGAGGAAGACUCAGCCUCAGGUCUGCAGCAGCCCAGGGCACACAAGUACAUCAGCUGCAGCCUGCCGCUGUCGGAGGUCACUGCAGGUCUUGACCCGAGUGCUAGUGCCUUGGGCCCCGUGCAACUCAACCCGCAAGCGUCCAGCGAAGACUCUGACAGUGACUAUGAGCUCUGCCCAGAGAUAACCCUAACCUGCACGGAGGAGUUUUCAGAUGAUGACCUGGAGUAUCUGGAAUGUUCCGAUGUUAUGACAGAUUACUCUAAUGCAGUUUGGCAAAGGAACUUGCAGGGGACGGAGUGUGUUUUUUUAUUAGAAAGCGAUGACGAAGAGGUGGAAUUCAGUGAGCGUGGCCUGGGUGGGCGUGAGCCUUUCCCUAAUGUAUUGGGUUGUGGGCCUCGGGUGUCAGGUGACAUCGGGCCUAUGGAUGCCACCCCUGGCUUCUGUGCUCAUCACUCACAAGCCCAAAGAGUGGGGACAAGGAGCAGCGGUGCCUCCAGGCCCAGUCCCCCAGCGCUGGGACCUCACCCAGCGGGGCUGUCCCUGCUGCUGGAACAGGGGAGCACUCCAGCACCCCCUGCAGCUCCUGAAAAUGAGUAUCCAAGAAUUCAAGGGGAAACCAGAGACAGAGCUGAAGCAGAAGAGGAGCUGGCCAGCGACAGACUGCUAACCACGGAGCCUGCAGCGGCAGAGACAGAGCCUGGGUCCUGGACCAGGGAGCCGGGGGUGAUGCAGUGCUCAGGGCCCACAGCUGAGCCAAGUGUUGGGGAAAAGGACUCGGAGGGCAAGAGGGGCUCCCAGAAACCUCCCAGGAUGAGGCAGCUGGGGGCAAAGGGCAGGAGCAGAAAGCUGAGUGCCAACCUGCCAGCAGCCUCCCCAAAGCUGCUUCGUCCACAGCAGGCUGUGGAGCACCCACCCAUCUGGAGUACCAUCAGAAGAACCCCCCACACCAGGGCAGGCACUGCUGAUCGGACGGCCCACAUCCGUGCAGGAGAACAUGCCAGCCGGGCCCAGGCAAAACGCCUUCCUACCCCAGCAGUCUCACUCCUGCAAGGAGUGGAUACGAGCCGGGUAGGAGAAGAGCUGUGGGGGAGUAGCCCAUUUGCAACAAGCCACGUUCCAGUCCACGACGACCCUCUUCAGGUGCAAAUGCGGGACCUGCUCGGGGAGAGAGCCCCUCUCAGCCGGACGCUAGCUUCCUCAGUGCCUGAUGGAGAGGAGGUGCCACGCUCUGGAACCUCAGCGAAUGCCCUCCGCAACACAGAUGGGGUCCACAAGGGGAACACUCCAUUGGCCCAAGUCCUGGAGGGAGAAAGCUGCGUUCGGAGCCCACAGCAGGAAGCAAGACACAACAGAGAAGGCUAUGCAUCCAGAGGCUCCUGGAAAGACCUAGAACAUGUACUGAGUGUUUCAGAAGUCAGUGAAGGAGGCGUGUCUCCAAGUAUACUCUCAGAUCCCCUCCCUUCAGCCUCCAGUGCUGACCCCAGAGGACACAGGUUUCUCUCUGCUGCUUCCCCAGAAGCCACGGACACUGCCCUCACCUUGGAAACGGAGUGCCCUGGGUCAGUGGAAGGAGCAACGUGCGGGACAGAGUGUCCUGCAGCUGGUGACCGGGGAACAUGCUGUGACACCACGGCUUCUCCUGCUGGAGCCCUGGACGAUAAAUAUUUGCCUCAAGAAAUUUGCUCCAUGGACUCAGAGCUGGCAGAAGGUCAAGGCACAGUGUCUGAUUUAUGUCCUCCUGAUGACAGGACACUAGGUGUUCUUUUUCAAGGCCAAGUUUCUGAGCCUCUGCAGGCUCCAUGCACAGCGUCCCCUGUACUUGUCAGCACCUUCACCUGGACCCUCUCCCGCGAGAACAGUGAGGCUGACACAGAGGACAACCUAGGCACAGUGGAAAAGUCCAUUUCUGCCUUGGCCCACGCAGUGCAGGCUGCCCAGGACGAGCUGAGCCCCAGCAACUGGCAAGGCUUUGACAAAAUGCAGCCCCUUCCUUCUGAGGAUAUCUCUUGGAUGCAGUUUGAAGAAGGGGGUGACAAGAGCCCUAGCGGUAAUGUCCAGGCCCCACCAGCCAGUCACAGCUCAUGCAUGGAGCAUCCUCAGGAGAUGCCAUCAACAUUACCAGCUAAGGCCAAGGGCCAUCCCCCAACUGCAGUGGCUGCCACCAAACGCCACGUGGCCAAAUACUGUGCUAUGUCCAUCGCUGAGAACAGCCAUGCACACGGGGCCCAGAAGACCCCACUUGAGGAUGCAGACGAACGCACUGCCCAUCCACCUUCCCAUGGACAGGCGGGGCUUGCUGCACAGUGUCUCACAAAUGCACUGACACUAGAACAGUCUUGCAGGGUGGCCAGUGUCCCUGGAGUUCCGGGGCAUGUGCCUCAGCUCCCAGAGGGAGCAGGUGCCUGUAGCCAUGCCCCUCUUCACACUGACGGCCAGUCUGGAGAAAAGCACCAAACUGCGGCCACAGCAGACAACGGGCGGCUUGAAGACAAGUUCCAAGAAAGAGGAAGUGAAACAAAAUGGAGACAUGAACAGGACAGUGUGCCCCCACCAGGCUCCCUCUCUGUAGAUGACUUCCAAGGAGCUCCGCCCACCAUGUCUGUUGCCCAGGAGGAAACGCCCAUGAUGCGCUUGGACUACUCUCCCGCGAACUCCAGGGGAGAAGGCUGGCAGAGCCCGGGCCUGGGGACCAGCGGCUCCGGAGCCACAGAAGCCACUCUGAAGGCACCCAGCAGUCAGGCCCUGAGUACCAUACCCUCUCUCGCUGAUAUUCUCCUGGAGCUACCUGGGGGGGCUGGCCUGGCAGGCUGGGAGGCAGGCAGAAAGCUCAAGAUCAUAACCCUAGAGGCCCCUCUGUCAGAGAGCUGGCCGCCAAGAGAAGUGGCCAAUUCUGAACACCCAGAGUUGGAUGUCAGUCCCCAGAUUGCCGACCAGAGCCAGGCUGUAGCUCAUGCUGCAGGGGCCAGUGUUGCCAUGUCUGAACUUGACCCCUCUGCAACUGCAGCAGUGGCUCACCGUCCCCAGGAUGUGUCUUCAGUUCUGGCCAAUAACAGAGAUCCGCACAGAGGUGAAGGACCGGCUGGCAGCACACAGUGGGGCAGGCUCCCUUCGAGCCAACCCCGACUGCUGGAGUCCUCCGUGGACCCUGUAGACAACAGGGAAGUAUGCAUCCAAGCUUUGCUAUCGGAGGUGCCUGAAACUGGGGCAAAGCAGCAUGUUAGCCACGUGAGUCAGGACCUAGAAGAAACCCAACUCAGGCUUGCGCGCUCUGCUGUCUCAUUCCAACGGCUGCUGAGCUGCCCAGGCAUUCUGGAAUCUUCUGUAGACCCCAUGGAUGUCUCCACAGUGCUGGAGCAUGCCAGGACAGAAGGACCCAAGCCUUCUGAAGCCACACAGGGAGCCGUGGGACAGGAGAGUAAAUGGAACGAAGGAAACUUGGGCCAGAGGGUGGAGGUCCAACCUGCUCUUCUAAAAGUUCCACAUCUCCAGGAAGGCAAGGAAAUCAUUCCGAGUGAAACCAGCCCCAGCCGAGACCAAGAAAACAGUGAGAGAUGGGAUGAGCACAAAGAGGCAGGUGCACAAGUCCCACCUGCCGCUGGGCAGGCCCCACAUCCUGAUGAAGGCAGAGCAAGAAUUCCCCAGGGAAGCAGUGUAGGCCCAACGGAAAAAGGCAGUGAUGGAAGCCUUAGGGAUGCAGAACACAGCAAAGUGGAUGGCUUAGACUGUGCUUGCCCAGCCUUGCCUCUGUCCAGCUGCCCUGCAGUAAUGCCAGAGACACACACCCUCCCAGGGCAAAAGCACGACAGCCCUGGAAAUGACAUAGCUGGGCCCCAAAGCCAUCAGUGUGCAUUUUCUGACUGGAAAGAAAGAGGAAUCAUUGAGAAGCAGGGUGAGAAAGAUGUGCCCUCGCCUAGUGACUUUACGCAGUCAUUCUGCACUUUGUCUCCGGAAAAAAACAUCACGCGCCUUUCCCUAAGCUGUAACAUUGAAGAACUGAAAGCAGGGCAGCUUCAGAGUGGAGACAGCAACCCCCCAAGCUCAGCCAGCUCCCCGGCAAUGACCUUGGCAUUGGUUCCCAGGGAGUUUCCAUGUGAGUCGGAGAAAGCCCUUCAGUGUCCACAGGCCCCAAGUGUCAAGGACUGCAGCCCGGGCAGGGAGAGCGAGUCCAUCCAUGUGGCAGCACUACCUGGCAAGGUACCAGCAGUCCCGCCAGCAGGGCCCAGGUCAGAGGAGGACAAGAAGCUGCAGGAACCCCCCAGAAGUGGACAUUUAACUGAAGGAGUUAAGAAGAAAAUUCUGUCCCGGGUGGCAACCCUGCGGCUGAGAUUGGAAGAGAAAGAAAACGUUAGAAAGACCUCAAGCUUUCUUAAAAUGGCCCCUAAGCCUGAAACACUGUUAUCACACACAGAGGAGAAAAAACACCCCAGAAUACCACCUGGCAGCAGGGAAGGGAGAGCUCCGGUGUUACUGAGAAAGAUUCAAGCUGAGAUGUUCCCUAGCCACUCUGGAAAUGUCAAAUUAAGCUGCCAGUUUGCAGAAAUCCAUGAAGAUUCUACCAUCUGGUGGACCAAAGAUUCAAAGCCAAUCACCCAAAUCCAAAGAAGCGCUGGGGACAACUCCACGGUCUCCCUGGCCAUUGUUCAAGCCAGCCAGAAGGACCAGGGCCUCUAUGGCUGCAGCAUCGAGAACAGCCGUGGAAAAGCAGCAGCUGAGUUCAACCUCACGGCAGCAGUUCUCAAGCAGCUGUCAAGUCACCAGAACACUAAAGGCUGUGAAGAGAUUGAAUUCAGCCAGCUCCUCUUCAAGGAAGACUUCCUCAGCGACAGCUACUUUGGGGGCCGCCUGCGUGGCCAGAUCGCCACAGAGGAGCUGCACUUCGGGGAAGGCGUGCACCGCAAAGCUUUCCGCAGCACUGUCAUGCGGGGCCUCACGCCCGUCUUCCAGCCAGGCCAUGCUUGUGUGCUCAAGGUACACAAUGCCAUUGCCUACGGGACCAGAAACAAUGCAGAGCUCAUCCAGAAGAACUACCGGCUCGCAGCCCAGGAAUGCUAUGUUCAAAACACGGCCAGACACUAUGCCAAGAUCUAUGCUGCGGAAGCACAGCCGCUGGAGGGCUUUGGAGAAGUGCCUGAGAUCAUUCCUAUUUUCCUCAUCCAUCGGCCUGAGAACAACAUCCCUUAUGCAACAGUAGAGGAAGAGCUGAUUGGAGAAUUCGUGAAGUAUUCCAUCAGAGAUGGGAAGGAAAUCAACUUCCUGAGAAGAGACUCGGAGGCCGGUCAGAAAUGCUGUACUUUCCAGCACUGGGUCUACCAGAAGACCAGCGGCUGCCUCCUGGUCACAGACAUGCAGGGCGUGGGGAUGAAGUUAACUGACGUCGGCAUAGCUACGUUGGCCAAAGGGUACAAAGGGUUUAAAGGCAACUGCUCCAUGACCUUCAUCGACCAGUUCAAGGCCCUGCACCAGUGCAACAAGUACUGCAAGAUGCUGGGGCUGAAAUCUCUCCAAAACAACAACCAGAAACAGAGGAGGCUGAGCCUGGGGAAGAGCAAAGUGCAGGGGAGCUGCUCAGCAGCGAGGAAGCCAGGACCUGGGAGCCCAGCAGAAAAGACAACGUGAUGUGGCCGGAGUACUUGGUCUUCCACAGGCGAAUACCACAGCAGCUCCCCUGACCCCAGCUGGCA